AUUAGUGAUAUACUAGUGAGGCAAUCAACCAUGGAAAUCGAGCUACUUUCAAGAGAAACCAUCAAACCUUCAUCACCAACUCCUCCUCACCUCAGAAUAUAUCCACUUUCUUUCAUAGACAACUUUUUUCUUUGUGUCGUGCCAUUACUUUUCUUUUACAACCCAAACGAUAAUAAUGACCAAAAUUCCAAAAUAUCACAACUCAAAAAGUCCUUAUCUCAUGUUUUAUCCAAAUACUACUAUUUUGGUGGCAGGUUCAAAGAUAACGUUACAAUCGAAUGUAACGAUCAAGGUGUUGAGUUUCUGGUGACAAAGAUCAAGAAUAAAUUAUCAGAAAUUCUCCAAAGUCCCACAGAAAAAUUGUUGAACCUUUUGUUUCCUGACGAAUUGCAAUGGACAGACACAGAUAAAAGUGCGGCCUUAAUAUCUAUUCAAAUAAACUGUUUUGAAUGUGGAGGAAUGGCUAUAGGUAUUUGCAUGAGUCAUAAAUGCGGUGAUGCUGCCACCCUUUCCAAUUUCAUGAAUGAUUGGUCCAAUAUCAACAAAAAAUUAGAAGAAAAAGAAGAAGGGUUAUUAAUAUUACCAUUUUCUUUACAUGAUGGAGGAGCUACAAUUUUUCCACAAAAGAAUAUACCUAUUUUCCCAGAAGCUGUGCAUAGGAGAGAAAAAACUGUUGUGUGUAAAAGGUUUGUAUUUCAACCCUCAAUGAUUAAGUUUCUCAAGGAAAUGGCAACUUCAAGUUCGAUUCAUUCUCCCACACGUGUUCUAGUUGUAAUUGCUUGGAUUUACAAGCAUGUUGUUUCAGUAAUGGGAUUAAAUUUGAAGACAGCGCCAUUCGCUAUGGCGGUAAAUCUUCGCAAAAGAAUGAAUCCUCCAUUGUCGGAAGAGAGUGUUGGUAACAUGGUUUGGUUCUCGUCUAUGACCCCUGAUAAAGAGGAAAUGGAGGUGAAAGAUUUGGUGGUUAAAAUAAAAGAAGGGUUAUCUGAUUUUAGUGAUUUUUAUCCAAAACUGUUUGCAGGUAGAGAUGAAAAUAGUUUAUCUUCGAUUUAUGAGUGCUUCAAGAAAGUUACGCAACCUAAACCUAAUAUAAGAACUGUGAUUAAUUUUACUAGUUGGUGUAAUUUUCCAAUAUAUGAAGCUGAUUUUGGAUGGGGAAAACCAACAUGGGUCACUACUUGUGGAUGUACUUGGAAGAAUCAUUUAAUAAUUUUGAUGGAUACAAGUGAUAGGAAUGGGAUUGUUGCGAAUGUGAAUUUGGAGGAGAAUGUUAUGGCUAAGUUUGAGCAUGAGGUGGAGCUUCUUCAACUUGCAUCUCUUAAUCCAAUCAAUGUUGGUCAAUCAAGUGAUCUUUAGGUUUUUCCAAUGGAAAGUGUGGGUGGUUGUACUAUCAGAUUCUCAGUAUUCUUAUAGUCGAUGUUUAAAAUAAAAUAUUUAAGUAGUAAAUUUUCAGAUGAUGUUUAAAAUAAAAUAAUUGAGAAAUA